AUGGAUACUUUAAUAUCAAUACUAGGGUCAUGUUUACCUUGUUUUCCUGAUUUAUCAUCACCAUACGUCACCAUUAAAAAUGUUAAAUAUAGAAUUAUAAAAUUAUUAGGAGAAGGAGGGUUUUCUUAUGUUUAUCUUGUGAAAUCAUCAGUUAAUGAUGCUCAAUAUGCUAUGAAGAAGAUAAGAUGUCCGUUUGGAUCUAAUGAUGAGACUUAUAAGAAUUCAAUUAAGGAAAUUAAAAACUAUCAUCGAUUUUUAAAAUUUGGUACUCCUUAUAUUAUUCAAAGUAUUGAAGAAAUCAUUAUAAGUGAAGUUGAUGGAUCAAAGACAGUUUAUAUCUUAUUACCUUACUUUGAAAAAUCAUUACAAGAUAUCAUUAAUAAUUUAGUCAUGAAUGAUGAUAAAAUGCCAGAAGAGGAUAUAUUAAAAAUCUUUAUUGGAAUUUGUCGUGGUUUAAAAGUGAUGCAUAAUUAUAAAACAACAACAUCUCAAUCAGCUCAAUCUGUUCCUAAUAGUAUUGCUGAUGAUGUUCAUAGUUCUACAUCAGCCGAUGAAGAUGGAUUAUUAUUACCUCCUCAAGGUCCAGCAAGUGAUGAUGAAGAUGAAGAAAAUGGUGAUGCACCUCCAUCAAUCCCAACUGAAUUACUGCAAUUAAUCCCAUUUGCUCAUCGAGAUAUUAAACCGGCUAAUGUCAUGAUUUCAGCCGAGGGAUUACCCGUAUUGGUCGAUUUAGGAUCAUGUUCAAAAGCCAGAAUAAAAAUAAGAAAUAGACAACAAGCUUUAACCUUACAAGAUUUCGCUCAAGAACAUUGUACUUUACCUUAUAGAGCUCCUGAAUUAUUAGAUGUGGUGAAAAAUAGUGAAGUAACAGAAAAGACCGAUAUUUGGUCAUUAGGAUGUUUAUUAUAUGCUUGUUGUUUUGGAUAUUCACCAUUUGAAAAAUUAGAACUUGAACAAGGUGCAAAUAUAAGUUUAGCUAUAUCUCAAGGGAAAUACAUUAUGCCCAAGAAUAAUGGUGGAUAUUCUUCUGAAUUAAUGGAUAUUAUAAAUCAAUGUCUUAAAUUGAAUCCUGAUAAACGUCCUACUGUGGAUCAAUUAUUAGAAACCACCAUUGAAUUAUCAAGAAAUCUGGAUUUGUAG